AUGAUUCUGCUGGGUCGCACGCAUCUUGCGCUCGUGGCAGCGGUGGCUCUGGCCAUCCUGUCCGCCGCACCCAGCUCCUCCAUCAAGCUCCACGAGCUGCACAAGUCCAACGUCUUCUCCCCCACUGGCAGACGCAGUCUCAACUUUGGCGCUGUACACGCUCGUCAGCGAUCAUACAUGCAUGCAGAGACGCUUCACUCUGAUCAUGCUGGUGCCGCUCUACAGCAGUCGCACCAUCACGUCUCAGCGAUUCCCACGCAUCUCAAGGAUCCCACACAUAUCGCCUUGUACCUCGCUGAGCUCGAGUCUGCCCAUCGUGAAAUGCUGCAGCAGGGGCCUGACGGCUCGCGCAAGCUUCGCGUCUUGCCCGAAUCAUACACCGAUGACAUUUCAGGCAUCUCUCGCAUCUUUGUCAAGCAGUCCAUCAACGGCAUCGAUGUGGAUGACGCAAGUCUGCAGCUCCUUGUGGGCACCGACGGCCAAGUCAUUUCCUACAGCUCAACCCUCUACAACGGCCCAAACCCUGUAUUUGCCGCGGUCGGCUCAGCAUCGCGCGAUGAUGGCGGUGCUCUGUACAAACGCGAUCAGCUGGUGCUUGGAGCUGGAGACGAAGGAGCCUAUCAACAACACACGCUCACCGGCUCUAAGCAAGCGGCACGGGACCCUCGCUACGCCGCGCUCUACUUCAUGGCCCAUGCCACUCCCAAUACGAUGCUCGCAAUGACGUUGCAAAGUGCCACCGCAUCGCCAGCAGCACUCGAAGUUGCAGCGUCGCCCAUCCAGCUCUCGCCCAUCCAGGAGCGCGACGGCGAGCCUUUCGACACCGCUGAGCAGGCCGGCAGCUUGCAGAGCGUUCCAGGCACCACCGGCGCAGUGGCUGCGCGUCGCGUGUGGUCCCAAGAUGGAGAAGGAGGCUUGCGCCUGGCGUGGCGACUCAAUGUGCCAAUGGACUGGCCCGACCAUUCCAACUUCUACCAAGCUACCGUCGACAUCGAGACGGGUGACAUUCUCAACGUUCACGACUGGAACAAAGACUACUCCGGCGGAGAGCAUGAUCUGGCCGCCAAUUGGGCUGAGGUGCAUGGUCGGCCAGCCAAGCAUCAAGCCGUUGCAGAUGCUGCGACCCAACCAGCCGAAGUCGAGAAGAUCUCACGCCCCUCUGACAUUGGCACACUUCAAUAUCGCGUCCUCGCCUGGCCUGCCAAUGACCCGACCGAAGCGAAUCGCACCACUGUGGCAGGAUGGGCCGACUCAAUCGCAAGCCCAUUUGGCUGGCACAGCGUCGGCAACAAGACGUAUGACUACACGCGAGGCAACAACGUCUGGGCAUCCGCAUUCGGUACGACCAUGUCUCCGCCUUCGAACAGAUCGCUUUCCGCCUACGGAAAGCUCGUUAAUGGCGAUCUGAGCUUCAUCUUCCCCUUCGAUUGGCGCAAAGCGGACAAAGCACACGAGGAUCUGGCGCCCGAGGCGUACGCCAACGCAAGUGUCACCAACUUGUUCUAUCACGUCUCUGCGUAUCACGACCUGUUCCAUCGCUACGGUUUCACCGCUCAAUCUGGAAAUUUCGAAGAAUAUCAAGAGCCAGGCAAAGGCAAAGGUGGCGAUGCUAUCUUGGCGUUCGCGCAGUCCGCUGCUGGGAUCAACAAUGCCGACUUCACCACCCCUCCUGAUGGGCAACCUGGCCGCAUGCGCAUGUACAAGUGGAAGACGGUAGCCAAUGCCACUCAGCGCGAUGGCGACUUUGAGGCUGGUGUGGUGCUGCAUGAAGCCACGCACGGUCUCAGUAUCCGCUUGACUGGCCCUCCGUCCGACUCUUCUUGCCUCGGCUGGGGAGAGGCAAGCGGCAUGGGCGAAGGUCUGGGGGACAUUAUUGCGACCAUUGUGCGCAGGCGCUCUCCCACUAGAGACAUCUACCCCAUGGGCUCUUGGGUGUCUCACAACAAGAACGGUAUUCGUCGCUACCCUUACUCUACUAAUCUGACGCUCUCUCCCGAGACGUACUCUUCGUGAGUGAUGAUGCACGCAGAAACGAGCAGACGUUCUUCGCUCGCGCUGACGCUCACUGCUGCCCCUUGAUCACAGUCUGAACGGCAUGUGGGAGCCGCAUUCCAUCGGAGAAGUCUGGGCAGCAGUGCUCUAUCAGGUCGAGGAAGGACUCCGAGGAGCACACGGCUGGCAUCCGAAUCUCUUCCCGCCUGUUCCCGACUCACCCAAGGAGAAGUGGGACGAAUUCUACUUGACGGAAAAGGAGAUCAUCAGCAACAUGCCUUCCUCUGCCAAGGGCAAGCGCGCUUCUCGGCAGCCCGUGCCUCGUCACGGAAACACGCUCUUCAUUCAGGUUCUUCUGGAUGCGCUCAAGACCCAGCCUUGCCGUCCCUCCUUCCUGACAGCUAGAGAUGCUUUCCUCUCCGCCGAAAAGGCCCUCACAGGCGGACGAGACACGUGCUUAAUCUGGGAGCGCUUUGCCCAGCGCGGUCUGGGAACGAAGGCCAAGAACAUUGGUUCCACGCCUUGGGGUGGCGGAAUUCGCACCAACAGCUUCGAGGUGCCCGACCUCUGCAACUCGACCCUGAACGCCCUUGCUUAA